CGUGCCGUAACAAAAACUAAUAUUAUGUAAAAUUUGACCCUUGAUUUUUCGAGAAAAAUUCACAAAACGUGCAUUUCUAGGCCGUUCCGCCGUAGUUUAUGUUGUUCUAAAAUAGUGUGUCUGUGUCUAAUUAUAAGAUGAGUGUUCUCAAUUGGACGGGGAAUGUUAAUGCCAGUGUUGAAAUGGAUUCAAUAAGCAAUGUCUGGACUGUGGUGGAAAAUGUGCGGGUUGCAAGCAGUGCUGCGGAGUUGGCUAUUUUCACGGCAAUACUUUAUUGGUUCUUUACAUCGAGCCGUGUAGCAGAUAUGUUAGAAGUGGUAGGGGAAAGGGUAGGGGGAUGGUGUGGCCGCGAUACGAGCUCUCUAAGACACGCGAUGCGCACCCGCAAGAGGCCGCAGACAGAUGUAUAUGCUAAACUUGAUGCUGAAAUAGCGACAAGAACAUCUUCCCUCUAUCGUAUUAAGAAUGGACCAGUUGUACCGCCGCCACAGCCUCCCACGAGGCCAUCAGCUGGACUUGCCUGCGCACGAUGUGCUCCGCUAUCUAGGGAGUCAUGGCAGGAUACAAAGGUAGCGGAAUCCAGUGCAGUCAUCAACAUUCUGGAUAUUGGCAGGCAGACCUUUGCGAAUGGUGGAGUGGUUUCGAGGUACCUCUGCGACCUGGCACAGUGCUUAAAACUGACGAAUUUUGACUAUGGGGAUAUAGUCCCUAAGGUGGUAAAAGACGAGCGUUUCCAAAACGCAAUAGAAGAGAAGAUAAAGGAGGAGUUGAAUCCAGGGAAGAAAAAUGAAGAAACUAAAAAGGAAUCCAGUUAUGCGGCGGUUAGAAAGCGAGUGGAGGCAAAAGCAAUGAAAGUUCUUCUUGAUAUCAGCUCUGCUAUGUCCACUAAUGUACUAAAAUUAGUGGCGUGGUUAUGCCAUAAAGCAGUGCGUCGUGUCGCCGGCGGCGGUUGCGGCACUCGAGCGGCGUGCGUUGAGCGUUUACGUCGCGCAAACGCUGCGGGUCUACCGCUCGUCUUCGUGCCCCUUCAUAGGUCCCACUUUGAUUACAUUCUAGUCACAUUCACGCUGUACCUGACGGGCCUGAGGCCGCCGCUUGUGGCUGCGGGUGAUAAUAUGAGGAUACCGUUCUUUGGGUGGUUCCUGCGGGGUUGUGGUGCAUUUUACAUACGUCGACGAAUUGACGGUUCAGAAUAUCACGAAGACCCUAUAUACAAAUCAGCACUUAGGGCUUAUAUACUAAAUAGCUUAGCAGCAAACAAUAACCUCGAGUUCUUCAUAGAGGGAGGUCGGACAAGGACAGGAAAACCGCAGGCACCUAAAGCGGGUAUCCUAUCAGUUAUCCUGGAGGCCUACCUCGAGGGUACCAUUGACGAUGCAUUAUUGGUACCGGUUACUUUGAAUUAUGACAAAUUGGUGGAUGGAAAUUUCGUCAGGGAGCAACUGGGUAUGCCCAAACAGAUGGAGACAUUUUGGUCGGCUUUGCGUGGAAUUUGGAGGACUUUGAACACUAAUCAUGGGGGUAUAAGGGUGGAUUUCAAUCAGCCUAUAUCGUUGAAGGAGCUAGUAACGUCCUUCCAAAAGUACAAUCACCUAAAAGCUUCUAUAGAAAGGCCGCUCACUCCAACAAAUAACAAUUUGACGGUGGACAUAGACAGACAUAUCCUUAACAGUCACAGCAGUUUCUAUGGGGCCAAUGUCAGUGCGGAUCAUAAGAUGAUGGUAGAGGCCAUUGGCAGGCAUCUGGUGUAUGAUGCAGCCGUAUCAACACCGUUAAUGUGCACGAACGUAGUCGCGUACGUCCUCCUAACAGAACAAAGGGCCGGCUGCACAUUGAAACAGCUUCUCGAUAGCUUCGAGGCAAGAUCGCGUGCUCUCGUGAGGGAAGGACGUGAUCUGGGAUACGCGGGAGACUCUAGGACUGUUUUGAAACACGCUAUGGACAUGUUGGGUCGCGGUGUAGUAUCCCGUGAUGAAAGUCGUGUCCGUGCACAAUGUUCUGUGGCAACUGCGCUUGAGUUGUCCUACUACGCUAAUUCCGUUGUGGCACAUUAUGCCGCACCCGCCAUAGUUGUAACGGCACUUGAAAGUAUACUCGCCGAACCGGACGCGGACGCAGCGUACGUACGACACAACGAGCUAAUGACGCGUUCGUUGGAACUUUGCGGAAUUAUGGGACACGAGUUUAUACUGAACGCUCCCUGUCAACGCACAGAGGAGAGAAUACAGGACGCUUUGGCUUCAUUGGUGCAGAGCGAUGUCUUGUGUACUAUACAGAAUGACAAUGUACUGGAUGAGCAGAGGUGGUCCCAGCGGUUUGCAAAGACAUUAGACGAGGACAUGGAUGCUGAGGAGCGACCCGACCCCACAAGGAAUAUUAAGUACAAGAUCUCAAACAAACCAGAGGCUCUCACGGAAAGACGGCGUUUAUUACGUACACUUAGGCCGCUGCUGGAGGCCUAUUCGGCGACAGGAACAUGUUUGAAAAACGCGUCUCAAAAGGAUGUGGUUACAGCGACGUUAGACAAACUCACGGAAGAUUUUACACAGAAUAGAAUGAUAUAUGGUGAAGCAGUAUCAACAGACGCAAUACGCAACUGUUUGCGCGUGUUGCGCCAAUCAGGCGUAAUAGACAUGUAUACUGAAAACAAAAUCAGGAUGAUAAGGCCUAACGAACUCACAGGUCAAAACAUCCUAGACCAAGUGCAAAAGUUUAAUGUGCAAACGCCCUUAUUAGAAAAGUGAUAUGUGAUAAGUGUAUAAGUGAUAAGUGAAGUGCAGAUAUAUGUAAGAAUGAAUGAUUCCCAUUCUGGUGGUACAACUGACAUAGAGACAUUACGUGAAAUACACCUUAACGCCAAGCAAUAAAGUCCUUAUUAAUUUAUAUGAUAAUUAGUAAUUUUGCUAAUAACGUCUACUGACUUCCUAUAACGCCUCAUUUACAGUUAAUGUAUUUUUGUUAAAUGUAAAUCUUAUUCUAUAGUAAGAUGGAUUGGAUGGAAUACAUUAAUACAAAAAGAAUGGUAACCAUGGUAAGUCUACAUAUGUUAAAAGAGUAUGUCUUUCGUUGUAAAUUGCGCUUUAUAGUUAAGCAAUAUGAAAGUACAAUUUCUUUACAAAUAAUUAGGCUAAUAAAUUUAGUUUAAUUUUAAGCAUAGCAAACAAUUGGGUUUUGUAUUCAAAUGUUGCUGUAUCGGAGACAAGCUUUAGCCCUCAUUCUUCCAACUGUCUAUUUUGACAGAUUAUUAUCAUAGACAAUGUUCAUAUUUUUUCAUUCUCUAGCCUACUUGAAUUAAUGUGCUUUCAAGGGAUUUAAAAGCAUGUACAACCAAAGAAAAAUAAUUGAGUAUUACGUGAGAACUUUUUGGACAUUCAUCAAAAAUAAUAUCCUUAAAUUUGAACUUACCAUCCAAAAUAUUUUGAUUUUUACUAAUAAAAAGGAUCUUUUACUCUUUAUCUGUCAAAGCUGUGAAUUUGAAAAAAUUUCAUACAAACGACACAGACGUUUUUUAGUCAUAUCUUGUAGUAUAAAAAUAUAUAGAAACUUUGACAAUGCAAUUGAAGAAAGUUCUUGAAAUUUGACCUUCAACCAGUAAACUUUUUUCGAUUUUCGUUUCCACAUUUUUAUCUCUGUUAGUAACUGAAAAAUUAGUUAAUAAAUGGCAUAAUUUUAACUCCCAAACAAAAAAAUUAUGUAUGGUUUAUAUAUCUCUCUCGCUUAAACUUUUCCUGAAUAUUAUUAUAUGUCAGUUCAAGGAAUUUCUUGUUGGCGAUUAGUAUUUGUAAUUAGAUAAAAGCUAUGUUGGACAGUAAUAUUGUAUGGUGGGUAAUAACUGGUCCACUUUUCUAUAGCCAUUUCUAAUUUGUUGAACGAGGUAUUUUUAUUCACUUACAUAUUCCUUUACACAAUGCAAUAUCAAAGAUAUGAUUUACUAUAUUAAAAAUCGAAUGUAAUGUUAAAAAUUGUUGUGGUGUCUACCUAUUAAAUUCCAUAGAUUAUUAAAUUUUUAAAUGAUGAAACAUUUUUAACAAAGACGGAAUAUGCUUUUGAAUAUAUAAAGUUUUAACAUGCGCAGGAUCGCACGUAAUAGAUUUAUUUUAACAAUAAUUUCUAAUAAUUUGUUGUUUUAUUUUCUACAGAUAAACUAAUAAUCAAUGUUCUAGUAACAAAGAUUAUUUUUAGAUUUUUUAAUUAUAUCUGUGAUUGUAAUUAAAAAAUAUACAUCAAAGAUCUAUUAAUAUAAUUUUAAUGUUAUAAAAUGUGAUGGGACACUUUACACUAUACUUUGGUAUUAUAAAAGAACUGAAAGUCGAAAAGUAACUAUACAUUUUUGUAUGAUAACCAUUUUACUCUAGAUCAAUUUGGAACUUAAGUAUUUCCCAUUUUCGGAAGUGGUAAUUAUCAAAUGAAAGUAUAUAAAUACUAGUAAAAACUAUAAAAGUUAAGGGAACUUGGCCACCAGAUUAGGAGAAUGUAUGAAACCUAUAUGUAUAUAAUAGAUAUUUUGUACAACAUGUAAGAACAAAUAAACUUUAUAAUAGCA